GACACGGCUAAUAACGAGAUAGAACGUUUGUAAAGAAAAUGAGCCACUCUAAACGAUCGCGUUUAAUGUAGUAAUAUUAGCUCGGUUAUACAGAUAUAGCAAAUAAUAUUUAUAAUUGAUGACAAUAAUAUAAUUUGUGUGGAAGGCUCCUAUCCAAAUAGUGUUUGAUAAUUGAGUUUAUACGACGGAGUUGGGUACACGAGGGUGCGGGAAUACUUUGGAGAUAUCAUAAAUAUAUUUGUACAUUAUUUACAGAAACGGGGACAAAAUGAAUCUUUAUUCGAAGAUAGUUAUGAUCUCUUAUGUGUAAAAGAAAAUGAACAUUUUAUCUGUGUAAAUUUGUACACAUUUUGGAAAAGUCAACGGAUUAUCUAUAGUGUGAGGGAACAUAGGCGUUUACAACUAUAAAAGAUUCUAUACAUACUUUUCAAUACAUAUUCAAAUGGAAAUGCCAUCAAUGGACAUUGACAAAGAAACCAUGGGUAUUCCCCAUGGAUGGAAGUACUUGGAAACAUAUCGUGCUAAUGAUAAGGAUGUAAAAUCUGUCAACAGCUCUCAACAUGAGAGUUCCACGACGAAAAUACCAGGGCAAUGUGUGGCUAGAAUAUCAAAUAAACUCUCACAGGACUUAACAAAAUGUAACCAGACAAAAUCAGCCGAAGAAAGUCUGGUGACUGGGAAAGAUGAUCGUGAUAAACAAUUAGAACUUAGACUUCACGGAAGUGUUGACGAAAAGACAAGUUUAGAAGUAGAAACCGAUUGCGGCACACACGAUAAUAAAGUGUUUAAUGAUAUAAAACACGACCAAAAUACGACUGAUAAUAACAAUGAAAAUGAUAUUGACACAAACAGAGUAAAAACAACGGCGUUUUCAGUGACUGAUAUUUUAGACCCUAACAAGUUCGUCGGUUGUCAUUCUGAACCCCGGGUCUGGCACCCUUGGCUUCGGGACGAAGGUGUUAGAGAUUACUCCAGGUCAAAUUUAGAAAUGCACAGAGAAAACAAAGAUUUAAACAAUUGCCCUGCGGACGAGAAAAUUUCCGUUGACGAUUACAAACAAGAUGGCGAUCAAACUCUUUCCGACGACGACAGCAUGGGUAAUUGUGAUAUAGAUGAUCUUUCCGACUCGGAGCACAAACUUCACGCAGACGACACUUCAAGAGGCGGGAAACCAAGACGCGCUAGGACAGCAUUUACAUACGAGCAAUUAGUGGCCCUGGAGAAUAAAUUCAAAACUACCAGAUAUUUAUCAGUUUGUGAGAGACUUAACCUCGCUCUGUCAUUAAAUCUAACAGAAACUCAAAUCAAAAUCUGGUUCCAGAACCGAAGAACAAAAUGGAAGAAACAAAAUCCGGGUCUUGACGUAAAUAGUCCCACAAUUCCACCGACCGGAAGUGCGGCAUCGUACAAUUCACCGUUCGGAAGUAUGUUGUAUACUCAUGGACUGCAUCCCUAUUUUCCAACACUAGGGUCGUAUAGUCUUUUGAAGGCAAGGACUGCUUAUGCCGGACAAUUGCCAGUAUUUCCUCAACAUUUUUCUCAAAAUGUAUGACUCUCUAUGCUCACGUGAAUAUCUUAUAUGGUAAACAAUGCAUGUUAGGUAUUGCUUGUGGGAAUAUAUAAGUAAAAUGUUGUACAUGUGCUUCUUUUGAGGGUUUAGAGGCUGAUCGUUAAAUUCAUCUGUUCAAAGUGUAAGCCACAAACUUUGUUUAACCAUAAGCACUAUUGCACAAUUAAAGUCAAUAUUUCAAGUCAGUUUAAAGUCAAAUAGUAUUUUGUUGAGGAUAUUUCAAAUCUCGCAAAAAAGGUUGUUAUGUUUGUAAACACUUGUAAUAGACCUUGAUCUGAUAAGAAUGCAAUGUACAUCGUUCCAGGCUUAUAAAAUAUAUCAAGAAUAAGAAUUCAGUUUCUGCAUUUAAAAUAUAUUUAUCGCAUUUAAGAACAAAGGGGAGUAAAUUUGGGAAACAUUAUUGCUAAUUUUCUGAAAGUUACUUUAUUGAAUGCUUUAUUGUGUAAAAGUAAAAGGGAUAGAAAGAGGGUGUCGUAUUUACAAUUUUUUUUGAUGAACCGGUAUUUACAGAUUGGACACAACUUUUAAUACUUUUCUUUUAUAUAAUUUUUACAAGCCAGUUUGUUUUAAAAUGUUAUGUAAUUUGGGUUUAAAUGUAUUGAAAUGUUUAGGUGCACAUGGGUAUGCAAGUUUUUUGAUGACUGCAAUAGAUGUCAUGAGGUUUAGUGAUUGUCAGCACUUUCUUUCUUUAUGGAAAUAAAUUAUUUAAUAUAA